AUGAAAGCUUUCUUGCGUAUCAAUGUGCUUCAGUCUAGGGAGAGAAUACUGAAAGAGAGUUGGAUUGAAAGAUGUCUCAAUGAAAGUGAAAACAAACGUUAUUCCAGUCACACCUCUCUGGGGAAUGUUUCUAAUGAUGAAAAUGAGGAAAAAGAAAACAACAGAGCAUCCAAACCACACUCUACUCCAGCUACUCUGCAAUGGCUGGAGGAGAACUAUGAGAUUGCAGAAGGAGUUUGCAUUCCUCGAAGUGCUCUCUACAUGCAUUACUUGGAUUUCUGUGAGAAAAACGACACACAGCCUGUUAAUGCUGCCAGCUUUGGGAAGAUAAUAAGGCAACAAUUUCCACAAUUAACAACGAGAAGACUCGGAACUAGAGGCCAGUCUAAGUACCAUUAUUAUGGCAUUGCAGUGAAAGAGAACUCCCAGUAUUAUGACGUGAUGUAUUCUAAGAAAGGAGCAGCCUGGGUCAAUGAAACAGGAAAAAAAGAAGUAACCAAACAGACAGUGGCAUAUUCACCACGUUCCAAACUUGGAACAUUACUGCCAGAGUUUCCAAAUGUCAAAGAUCUAAAUCUGCCAGCCAGUUUGCCAGAGGAGAAGGUUUCUACCUUUAUUAUGAUGUACAGAACUCACUGUCAGCGGAUACUAGACACUGUAAUCAGAGCCAACUUUGAUGAGGUUCAAAGUUUUCUUCUGCACUUUUGGCAAGGGAUGCCACCUCACAUGCUACCUGUAUUGGGUUCUUCCACGGUUGUAAAUAUAGUUGGAGUUUGUGAUUCUAUAUUGUACAAAGCUAUUUCCGGAGUUCUGAUGCCAACAGUAUUGCAGGCAUUACCUGACAGCUUGACUCAGGUGAUCCGAAAGUUUGCAAAGCAGCUAGAUGAAUGGCUAAAAGUAGCUCUCCACGACCUGCCAGAAAACCUACGAAAUAUCAAGUUUGAGUUGUCCAGAAGAUUUUCUCAAAUUCUUCGGCGACAGACAUCAUUAAAUCAUCUCUGCCAGGCUUCAAGAACGGUGAUCCACAGUGCAGAUAUUACAUUCCAAAUGCUAGAGGACUGGAGGAAUGUGGAUCUGAACAGCAUUACCAAACAAACUCUCUACACCAUGGAGGACUCUCGUGAGGAGCACAGAAAGCUCAUCAUACAAUUGUAUCAAGAGUUUGAUCACCUUUUGGAGGAGCAGUCACCUAUUGAGUCAUACAUUGAGUGGUUGGAUUCCAUGGUGGACAGAUGCGUUGUGAAGGUAGCUGCCAAGAGACAAGGUUCUUUGAAGAAAGUAGCUCAGCAGUUCCUUUUGAUGUGGUCCUGUUUUGGCACUCGGGUGAUUCGAGACAUGACUUUGCACAGUGCACCCAGCUUUGGGUCCUUUCACCUUAUUCACUUGAUGUUUGAUGACUACGUAUUGUACCUGUUAGAAUCACUUCAUUGUCAGGAGAGAGCGAAUGAGCUUAUGAGGGCAAUGAAAGGAGAAGGAAGCACAGCAGACAUACAAGAAGAAAUAAUACUGACGGAACCAGCUCCUCCAACUCCCUCCCCAGUGCCAUUCUCCCCAGCUAAAUCUGUCACCUCAGUGGAAGUGCCCUCUGCACCCUCACCUGUUAGCAAUCAGUCCCCAGAGUAUGCUGGCAUAGCAACUACUACAGGAGCUAUGCAGUCCUACACAUGGUCCCUCACGUACACCGUGACAACAGCUGCUGGGUCACCUGCUGAAAACUCUCAACAGCUGCCCUGCAUGAGGAGUCCUCAUGUACCAUCUUCAUCUGUCACACACAGGAUACCUGUUUAUCCUCACAGAGAAGAGCAUGGAUAUACAGGAAGCUACAAUUAUGGCAGCUAUAGCAACCAGCACCCUCACCCAAUGCAGAGUCAGUAUCCAUCUCUACCACAUGAUACUGCCAUUUCUGGACCACUUCACUACUCAGCUUAUCACAGAAGCUCUUCACAGUAUCCUUUCAAUAGCCCAACAUCCAGGAUGGAGCCCUGUUUGAUGAGCAGUACCCCAAGACUGCAUCCAACCCCUGUAACUCCUCGCUGGCCAGAAGUCCCAUCAGCAAACUCAUGCUACACAAGUCCAACCGUGCACUCCACAAGAUACGGAAACUCUAGUGACAUGUACACUCCCUUGACCACUCGCAGAAAUUCUGAAUAUGAGCACAUGCAACACUUUCCUGGCUUUGCCUACAUCAAUGGAGAAGCCACUACAGGAUGGGCUAAAUGAAAAUGACUGGUAUAGCAUGGGCCCAUCUAUUUAAUAAAAACAUAAAAACUUUAUAUUACAUGAGACUUCACCUGGACAUUCUUUAAUUGACAUGAAGAUGGACUAGAUCCUGGAUGUCUUGGACUUGGACAUAUGGCAGACCAGUUUGACAGUAUUCCUGUAAGCAAACAAGAUUUAAUUGUUACUAUAAAGUAUCGUGCAGGCCAAGCUGUGCCUUUUUUAUAAAAUUCUGUCCAGUGGUUUUACUCUUUGUGUGGUGUCAGCUUCAAUGAGCCAUUUAUUCCCCCAUUGACAAAUGUUAACAAGACUUUAAAGAAUAGUGCCAGAGAGCAAUCUAUUUAUAAUUUGAAUUAAGGCAAAAAGCUUACUGUAAGCAAAGCUCUGGUACCUGCUCUUCAUUUAACCACUGCUGAAUUCUUUAAAGACAUUCUGCCAUGUCAUCACUUGUUCUUAACAAUUCCUCCUUUCAGCUCUUUAAAUGGUAUGCAUUUAUUAUAGGCUUCAGUUUACACAUAACAUUGUAUAUUGAUGCACCUUUCUGUUGAUCCAGUGUUAUCUUUACAAAAGAAGACGUGUAGCAUUGAAUUAUUCACUGCCUUAAGUUGACUAUUGUUCGUAUUAUAUAUGUAUUUGUUUUAAGUUUGCACAAUCUGGUUAAAUACAACUGCUCUGGUCAGUAACAGCAAGAUUAAGAAGGGACUUUAAGACUGGGGAGGUUUUGGACUCAGAGCCACAUAUGUUAAAUAUGAUACUAAGCAAUUAUGUAAAAGUGACAAUGCAAAACAAAUUACUCAUUUCAUUACCUAUUAACAGGUAUGAAAACUGGGUUCCUCUGAUUCCUUUAUAAAAUGAUAAUUCUAUACACUUCUACAAGAAACAAAAUUCAAAGCUGUGCCUUUGAACUUAUUCUGUACUGUGUAUGUGUGGAAAAAAAUGUAUUGUAUUUUUGGGAGAAUUUUCCUUAGACAUUUUCUGUGAGUUUUGUAGCUAUUUGUAAGUUUUUGUUAGAACUUAUUAACAUAGGUUUUCCUUCUGUAUUAUAAAAUGCACCAAGCAAUUAUGGUGGACCUAUUACCCUAUGGGUAAGAAAUAAAUAAAUGGAAAUAUGACAUCAGGCAUUUUAGUAAUUGUUUUGUAAAUAAAAUCUUUGAUAGCACCCAGUGUGAUGAUAACCAUGUUUAUGGCUAAAAUGGAAAUAAGUGUUAUUUGUACAGUUGUGCAAGAUAUAUGAAGGAUUUUCACACACAAAU